UGGUUUCCUGUCGAUAUUAACCAAACAACAAAUCCGCUGCGUGAGGAUACCUCGAUCACCUUGAUCCUUGAUAAAACUCAAGAAGCACUGAACAUUUCCUGAUAGAUGCUUUAUGAACGAGUCUUCUUCGUACAUAUCAUUUGCACGGAAAUCACGAAAUCCUGGAGAUGAGUGUUCUCAUUUUCUCUUGGAUGUCGAAGGUUAGAUGCUUGUGUACGAUCGGUUGAUUGGAAACAGUUUAGAAAAAGAACUUUGAUAAUUAUCAUGACAUCAUCCGGUAGAAGUACAAGAGAAGUUCUAUUGUCUCUCAUCGAUGACAUCGAACUGAUAGCAAAGGAGAUGAUUGAAAAUACGAUAGCUCAAAAACCCGUGAAGCUAUCGAAUGAAGAACAUGCCCAAUUAACUGAACUGUUAGUCAGUAAAGACAAUGAAUUAAAAUCAACAUUAAAACGAGCCGCAGAACAGGCAAAAAUUAACUUGAAGAUGGAAGCUUUGAGGGCAGAAGUUGAUAGGCAAGAUCAAGAUAUCCAACAGUUGCAGAGACAAUUGAAGGAAGCAGAACAAAUUUUAGCUACGGCAAUUUAUCAAGCAAAACAAAAGUUACAGUCUAUAGCAAGAGCUAAUAAGAGGCCUGUUCCAUCCGAGGAAUUGAUCAAAUAUGCCCAUAGAAUAAGUGCAUCCAAUGCUAUAUGUGCCCCUCUAACUUGGCAACAAGGUGACCCCAGAAGGCCUUAUCCUACUGAUAUCGAGAUGAGAUUGGGAUACUUAGGAAGAUUAAGCGAUCUUCCUCUCAAUGGACAGAUGCCCGGUGCUCAUCCUGGGAUAUCGUCAGAUUUGCACAGAGCCGGCGGUCAUCCGGUAGGUGAACCGCCUGUAUCGCAAGCUAAUCAAUUCGCGUGGCAUCCAUCCGGCGAAAUUCACAUGUCUAUGACUGGGCAAGGAAGUGUUGCCAUGAACACUCAUAAACAGGAAACGGAGGAUGUCGAAGUUAUGUCAACCGAUUCGUCUAGCAGCUCGUCCAGCGACUCCCAGUGAACAUCAUUGCUUUAUUACAAAAUCGAAUUACCUUUUAUUUAUGGCUUAUGAACUACCGAGUGGUUAGCGCUUAGCUAAUUGACUGCUAACGACUACAUGUGACAAAGUACUCUACGGCCUAGUUGUGAAAUUUCUGAUACGUGCUGCGACAUUGCGAGGACCAAGACGAUUUUACAAGCACGCUCCGGUGUUUCUACAACUCGAAUGUCCACCAAAGGUUCGUUAACAUGUUUCUUUCAUUUUACUUAAAUAUACGAUACGAAAUAGAUGAUAUAA